AUGGCGGCUGGAACCCCAGCAGCAAGGACUACUGGGCGUAUUCGCCUUUCUUCCUCCCUCCGCUCUCUCCCCGCCUCGCCCUCCCCGCCCUUACACGCCCCUUCCUCCUUCCCCAUCUCCCACUCCCCCCAGUCUGUCAUCUGGUCGGUGGUCUACGCGCCGCUGCUCUGGCUCAUCCUGGGCCUCGGGAUCCUCGCCUUCUCGCUCCUCACCUGUUCCCUCCUCCCCCUCCCCCUCUUCCCCUCCCCCGCUUCCCCUCCCCCGCUCCCCCUCUCCCGCUCCCCUCCCCCCCCUCCCCAGUCUGUCAUAUGGUCGGUGGUCUACGCGCCGCUGCUCGGGCUGCUUUGGGUCAUCUUGGGCCUCGGGAUUCUGCGGAUUCUCGCUGCUCACCUGGUGGGCUUCUCUGUGAUGGUGGCGGGGGGAGCGCAGCUAAAGAACCGCGUGGACAAUGUGACGCACUACCUGACGGAGCAGGUUGACUUCACGGCCAGUGUGGUCUUCAACCUCACUAAGAUUGUGGAAACGAGCUCGACUAUCACCGUUGCCAACGCCGUCAUUCCGGCUGACAAGAAGGCGGACAUUGAGAACAAGGCGAGGCAGGCAAACGAGACAGCCACGGAGCUGCAGGCCAAGACAGCGGAUGGUAUCGACAUCAUCAACAGCAGCCUGCGACUCCUAACCAUUACAUUCUAUGUCAUCGGCUGCAUCAUCACAGCCCUUUGCCUCUUUGCCUUACUGUUUUCACUACUCAAAUGGGUCGUAGCAUCGAACAUCAUCAUCACUAUAAUCUGGGUGGUUGUCUUCUUCACUUGGUGCACCACAGCUGCUCUUAUCAUCGCAUACCUGGUGAAUGGCGACACAAGCGUUGCACUGGAGCAGGUGCAGCAGUCCCCCACCAUGAGCAGCGCCAUGGACAAAUACCUGCACUGCAUCCCCAGCGAGAAGCUCUUGAACGCGACGCGCUACGCUCGCUACACCGCUGCCACCGUGCUCACCACUGCCAACAGCUCGGUGGCUGCUAAUGCGCCGAGGGCGCUUACCUACCUAAAUGCUCCGGGCGGCAUCUGUGUGCCGUACGGCCUGCCGCCCAAUUUCACGCGCGACAGCAGCUACUGCGGUAACGGCACCAUCAGCUUCCAGCAAUUUGUGAAUGGGCUUUCCUCGACGGCCAACAGCUCUGCUUUGGUGCCAGACGUGGUGAAAAACGACCUCACAGCCACCGCAACAACGCUCGCCCUGCUCGAAUCCACCAUCCCCAACGUGCUUACACUGGUCGACUGCUCCUAUGUCGCCAACAUUGCUGCGUUUGCAAUAGCCGAGGCGCAGGGGAUGAUUACCAAUUUCCAGAUGCUCUGGAUCGGCUUCCUGGUCAUCACCAUCGCCUGCAUGAUGCAGGCCCUCUCUAUGCCUAUCUACGUCUUCCGAGCCGUCAGGCUCGGCGACAGGCUCAACGACGCCGAAGCUGAGGGGCUGUACAAGGCCUCAGCUGUUCCAGUCGCAUACCCAGCAGGAGGGGAGACCGAGGCUCACACAUACGGCAACAAUCCUAGCUUUGUGGAAGGCUCGGGCAACUCGUAUGUAGGCUCGGAGCAACCUCAUAGCAGCAGCUCGUAUGCCGGUGAAAGCUACAAGUAA